AUGCAAAUCAAGAAAUUGGUUUCUUUGCCAUCUCGUACGGGAAGACAUUUGCAGCGCUAUAAUCAGGGCUAUCGCCUUGUUGUUGGAUGUAUUCCAUACAGAAUCAGGAAAACUCACAAAUCAUCCCCAUAUGAAUUAGAAGUUCUUAUGAUCAGUUCUCAAAAGAGUUCAAGAAUGAUGUUCCCUAAGGGUGGUUGGGAAAUUGACGAGGAUAUAGAAUUAGCAGCUUCACGUGAAACCCUGGAAGAAGCUGGUGUGAUCGGCUCGCUCGGGGAUAAAUUAGGUGAAUGGAUUUUUAAAAGCAAAAGACAAGACAAGUUUCAUGAGGGAUCCAUGUUUUCCCUGUUAGUGACCGAGGAAUUAGAUGUUUGGCCAGAGAAAAAUGUCCGUCAACGGAAAUGGAUGACGGUUGAUGAAGCUAGAGAACUUGGAAUUAUUCGAUUUGACUUGUACAAAACAGUAUAUGGAGUCAACGCCAACUCAAUAAUUGGUUUUGGCCCAAGAUUUAUCCAAGCCUUGAUAAGUGGAAAUUACAUGACAACGGGUGUUUAG